AUGAUCGAGACGAAUAAUAUCCUCUCGAAUCCGGAGGACCAGUUCCUGGUCGGCGAGGGCACGUACGUCCUUAAGGAGGACCUACACCUCGCGACACCGCCUCCGCACCCCUCGGAAGCCCCGAUCAUCAACCCGAACCCGCUCGCGACCAACCCGCAGCCGGCCACCGCCGGCACGAAGCUGUCGCUGCUCAACCUCGAUGUCCGGCCCACCCCGCCCUUCUUCUACAAGGGCAUGUCGGUGACGAGCCUGCCGUCCAGCGGCCUCGGCGCAAGCAUCCAGGAGCAUCCCAACGAGAGCGAGCUGUCGACCGACCCGGCGCUCAGCAGCAGCGAGGGUCGCGCAAACUCGAGCGAUGCGCCACUGGUAUCCAACCCAUCGCUGGCCUCGGCGCCGGCAUUUGGGGAGGGCAACACGCUGUUGACGCAGGUCAAUGCCAAGGAUGCUGCCAAGAAGAGGAAGCCGAAGAACAACAUGACCAAGAGCAACUCUUCCUUCAUCAGCAGAGUGAUUGUACACGAGACGCUGUCAAAGAGGCUGCAGGAGAGACCGAGUGAUGGCCUGUAUGCAUUUGCAAAUAUCAACCGGGCUUUCCAAUGGCUAGAUAUGUCCUCCUCAAAUAAGGUCAAGACAUACCAUCACCCCCGAUGCUUGUUGAACUGGGAGCUGACAAGCUAUAGGCUGAGCGAGAUCAUCUGGUGGGAGCCCAUUUCACAGAGAUAUACACGUUUGAACAAGAACGGCAUCAUCAAUGGAACUCCCGUCUCCGAAAUCAGGUGGAUACCCGGUUCAGAGACUCUCUUCCUGGCGGCACACAUGGACGGCUCCCUAGUAGUAUACGACAAGGAGAAGGAAGAUGCCAUCUUCUCUCCCGAGGAAGAGGCCAGGGAGAAUGGCACUGGGGAGACUGAGGCAGCUACCACCAAUGGCAAUGGGGUCAAUGGCAACAGCCACGCGAACACGAUACAGAUCAACAAGUCUGUGCACUCCAAGAACCAGAAGUUCAACCCAGUGGCAGCAUGGAAACUCUCAAACCAGCGGAUCAACGCAUUUGCGUUCUCGCCAGACAAUCGACAUCUUGCGGUCGUAUCAGAGGAUGGCUCAUUGAGAAUCAUUGACUACCUUAAGGAGGAGCUACUCGACCAUUUCUACUCAUACUACGGCGGCCUGAUAUGUGUCUGCUGGUCACCUGACGGCAAAUACGUUCUGACAGGCGGGCAAGACGACUUGAUUUCAAUCUGGAACUACCGGUUCGGCAGUGUGGGCGAGGACCGCAGAUUAUGUCUGUGGGAUUUCAGCGUCGGCAUGCUUCACCGGCCAAAGGCAGCUUCCGUACACCACCGCGGCUCCGUCGCAUCCCGCGGCGCGGCGCUGGCACGGGCGGAGACGCAGAACACGUCGAUGAGCCGCCUGCGCUCCAACUCGGCCAUCUCAGAGGAGGACGGCGACCAGUCGGGCCCGCACCCGGUCGAGCCCCGCUCGCGGGUCGCGAUCCUGCCGCCUGUCUUGACGAAGGCGGUGGAUGCCGAUCCGCUCUGCUGGCUCGAGUUCACAGAAGACUCAAUCAUGACGAGUUGCAAGUCUGCUGACAACGAUGUCCAUCAGGUCAUAUACGGACGUGGAACCGCCCAACCGACUCUCCCGCGCAAGCUGGAGAGAUAA